CUCUUAUAUACGUAUUACAGCAUUCAUAUUAGAAAUCAAAAAUGAUAUUUUCCUUUUACAAACCUUUGACUGAUUUCCUAACUUUCCCACCAGAUCCCAUGAAAAUAUUUGCUCUUCAAUUAUAUAUACACACACAAACAUCAUCGAUCGAGCUAUUAUCAAACAGAAUUGGAACAUUUCAUUUUUUUUUUCAAUUGAGAAUCAUUGGAGAAAUAUUCGUCAUGAUGUUUUCUCAUCAUCAUCAUCACUUUCUUGCACGCUUCUUUCUGAUGUGUCUGGGCUUAUUGGGAUCAGAAUUAGCAAAUGCACAGUAUUAUCAGAAAAUUGGAGGGAAACUUGUCGCUUACUGGAAGAUCACUGUCGACCCCGCCGGUGCCGGCAACUUCACCAACAUCCAAGAAGCCAUAAACUCAGUCCCUUCCAACAACAACAACUGGGUUUCCAUCAAUAUAAAGGCAGGCAUCUAUAGGGAAAAAGUGAGGAUUCCUGAUGACAAGCCGUAUAUAGUAUUGAAAGGCGCAGGGAAGAGGAGAACUAUUGUUGUUUGGGAUGAUCAUGAAACAGUGGCACAGAGUCCUACCUUCACCUUGCUGGCUGAUAAUGUUGUCGUCAAAUGUUUGAGCUUUCGGAAUUCAUACAAUAAUCCAAUUAACGGCAAACCGAGGAAACCGGCGGUGGCGGCAAUGGUAGCUGGCGACAAGGCUUUCUUCCUCCGAGUAGGUUUCUAUGGUUUACAAGACACAUUGUGGGAUGAUCAAGGACGACAUUACUACAAACUUUGCACCAUUCAAGGUGCCGUUGAUUUUAUUUUUGGUGCAGGCCAAUCUAUAUUUGAGAGAUGUUCAAUAUCAGUGAUAGCUGGAGCCUUAGAUGGCCUUCCAGGGUUUAUAACAGCGCAAGGAAGAACAAAUCCAAAUGAUGCAAAUGGGUUUGUGUUUAAACAUUGUCAUGUGUUUGGGAAUGGCACAACAUAUUUGGGAAGGCCUUGGAGAAGUUAUUCAAGAGUCCUCUUCUACAAAACCAAUAUGUCUCAAGUUGUGGAACCUAAGGGUUGGCAGCCGUGGAAUUUUGCUACUAAUGUGAAUCGGGUAACAUUUGCAGAGUAUGAUUGCUUUGGGCCUGGGUCCAACACAUCCCAAAGAGUGAGCUGGUCCAAGAACAAGCUUGAUUCACUAUAUGUCGAUCAAAUGGCUAAUAUGAGUUUUAUUGAUUCUGAAGGAUGGCUUCAGAAUCAACUUUUCUAAUUUUGAUUUCACUUGUAAUUACUAAUUAAUUAGGACUUUUUCCAUGUGCUAGUAGCAUUUCAUAGAUUGGUUGGUUAUCAUGACUUCCUGUACAUUUUUUUUUUGUUUUUAAUUAGACUUGAUUGAAUUUAGUACAUUGGAUGAACUGAGAGAAAUAAGCUGUGCAUUAUUUACAGCUUAUAAUUACUAUG